GAAGGACUGGGCGAGCACCGAGGGCGUGAACCCGGAAGUGGCGCGGCAGCCAGUAACAUGAUCUCUAGACUGGGACGCCGGGGUUCCUGCCGGCUGUAUUCGGGCCUUGGACUGGACUGAGGAGCCACGGUGGAGACCAUCCAUGGAAAAGAACCCCCCUGAGGAUACGGGCCCCGUGCACGUGCCUUUGGGGCAUAUUGUGGCCAAUGAGAAAUGGCGCGGGUCACAGCUGGCGCAGGAGAUGCAAGGGAAAAUUAAGCUCAUUUUCGAGGAUGGCUUGACACCAGACUUUUAUCUGUCGAACAGAUGCUGCAUUCUUUAUGUCACCGAAGCUGAUUUGGUGGCAGGAAAUGGCUACAGAAAGAGGCUUGUUCGGGUUAGAAAUUCCAAUAAUCUUAAAGGAAUUGUAGUCGUUGAAAAAACCCGGAUGAGUGAACAAUACUUCCCAGCCCUACAGAAGUUUACUGUGCUGGACCUUGGAAUGGUGCUGCUUCCAGUGGCCAGCCAGAUGGAAGCAUCCUGCCUCGUCAUCCAGUUGGUUCAAGAGCAAACAAAAGAGCCCAGUAAGAACCCUCUUCUCAGGAAGAAACGGGCCCUGCUGCUCUCUGAGCCUUCGCUCCUUCGAACCGUGCAGCAGAUCCCAGGAGUUGGAAAAGUUAAAGCUCCCCUUCUCCUCCAGAAGUUUCCAAGCAUCCAGCAACUGAGUAAUGCUUCCAUUGGGGAACUGGAGCAGGUGGUCGGACAAGCAGUGGCACAGCAGAUCCAUGCCUUCUUCACACAGCCCAGGUGAGGGCUGGCCUCGGGGCCACGGCAUCUUCUCCCGAGACCACAAACACCAGGAUCUUGUUUUCAGCUUUAAAAACCAAGAGAAUGGGCCGGGAGCAGUGGCUCACGCCUGUAAUCUCAGCACUUUGGGAGGCCGAAGACAGCGGAUCAUCUGAGGUCAGGAGUUCAAGACCAGCCUGGCCAACAUGGAGAAACCCUGUCUCUACUAAAAAUAGGAACAAUUAGCCAGGCAUGGUGACAGGUGCCUGUAAUCCCAGCUACUUGGGAGGCCGAGGCAUGAGAAUCACUUGAACCCGGGAGGCAGAGGUUGCAGUGAGCCAAGAUUGUGCCACUGCACUCCAGCCUGGGUGCCACAGCAAGACCCUGUCUCUAAAAAAAAAA